UCAAGUGAAUGGUCCGAGAGGUGUUCGAGCCUCGAUCCAUGGCGUUACCAGAGGCAAGCAAUCGGAAACGACUACUAUAUCUCGGACAGACAUCGAUCGCACCCGGAAGAUGCUACCAAUGAAGAGAAAGGUCUAACGAAAUGUAUGUACUUACAUAGAGGCUCGUUUUAAGGACAGAGGCGGAAGACCGAAGCGAUAGAGCGAACGAGGUCGGAAUCGAAGGACAAGUAGAAAGACUGUCGUUACCUGAAAUCUGGAUGUCAGCUGGAUGCGAGUAGACGCCGCUGUUCCCGCGAGGCUCUAGAGGGUGGGGGUGAAGCUAGUCGUUGGCGCGCUUCGAAAGCCCGAACGGAAGGCAAUCUGCUCGAAUCCGGCGGAGCGCGAGCAGGUUAUCCCGUGGUAGCGCGUAGCUCGUCGGUCGUUAUUGGAGAAGGGAGCACGGGUCGGACAGAAGGAGAAACAGAGAAGCGUGUGGAACCCGAGAGAAAGAAGAGCGAGAAUCGGAGCGAAAGACAGCGGUAGAGCGAGAGAGAAAGGGGGAGAAAGAGCGAGCGAGGAGAGGCGGAGGGUGGGAAGGUAGAGAAGGGCACACGUCUAUAGGUAGUCACGAGCUUCGACGAAGCGCCUGCGCUCGCGAGCACUUCUCGCCGUUACCUCCUCGCAUCGACUACGCUCGUCCACGUAGACGCGACAGCCGACGUGAAAGCUCGCGUUGCGAUGAAUCGCGUUCGCCGACGGACCGUCAGACAGGAUGUCAUUCAGCUUCGUUAAUCGGACGCAGGAAACCACGCCGGACCCUGGCGUCGAUUGCGCUCGCGCGCUUCUGCGCCAGCGCGAUACACACGCCAACCGCCGCAUCUUGUGACACCGUGAGUGGCUGAGCGUGCACGAGGACCGACCUCGUUGCCGUCGUUGAACGUCCGGGGCCGUACGUGCCGGAAGACUGUCGUCCUUCGUUCCGCGGUUCGCUUUUCAUCCACCUAUACGUAGGAUUCGUCGUCGGUGUGCUGUCUGCUCCGAUUCGAGAACGUCGUGACACUCGUGCCUCGGUAAGACACUGGAACUGGUGACUCGAAACUCGUGCAAAUUCAGCGUAAAAUCGCUACGAUCUUUACGAACGUCGACCUGCGACAUCUCGAGUCCGCCAGCGAACUUCUUUCCGCGAGAGAAGAAGACACGGGAAGACAGGGGUGCGAGAAGAGAGAUCAGGAAACGUCGGGUGCAGGAAACGGCGAGCAUCCGUCGGAUACGAAGGCAGGAAGAGAAACGACUCUACCAUAGGGACGGUGUAGCUACAGAAGUGGAGGCAGAAGGGGAGGAAGAGGAGGAGGAGCUGGUGCCCGGUGUGGAGGGGGUGGAGGUGAUCGUCUGGUGAUGAUGAUCGGUGGCGGCGUCGCGACCCCUCCUGGUACUGCCAAGUCGGCGGCUGCGAUCGACAGCGAAAUGGUGCAGGUCGACGGCAUUGGCAGUGGUAGUGUCAGUGGCAGUGCUAGUGGUAGUGGUAGUCCUGCGACAGGCGCGACUACUACACGUAUAACCAACAGCAACAACGCUGGCGGCAAUAAUAACAAUAACAACAACAACAACAACAACAACGGGGACGUUGCAAACAACAAUAACAACAACAACAACAAUAACAACGAAGGUCACGCGGUAGUGAACUGCGCCAGCGGCCCCGCAGCGGCGACCGACAAAUUUUGCUGUCACGACGACGAUGCACCCGUCAGCACCGGCGUCACGCGUCCUUGGGAACCACCCUCGCCGACCUUCUCGCAGACGAGGUCGCAUCUGUUUCAGGUCCAUCCACCGCACCAUCAUCAGCAUCCAGCUGCGCAUCACCAUCAACAGAUGACCGUGCCUCCAGUGUCUUUGAUCGACGGCGUGAGCUUACAAAACUGUACCGCGGGACCAUUUGCCAGCGGCAACGGUGGUGGAACCAACCGUCAACGAUUGCUCGAACUAUCGCACGGAUUAGGAGCUUUGAGGCACUACAACGACCUUGCCAAUCAUGUGCUCUCGCUGAAUCAACAAGGGGCGGUCGUCACCAAACUUCUGGGUACGCUGCGCCCGCCGGGUUUAAUCGGUGGCAGCAAGCCAAAAGUUGCGACGCCAGCCGUCGUCGCUAAAAUCGAACAAUACAAGAGGGAAAAUCCGACGAUCUUCGCAUGGGAGAUUCGAGAGAGGCUCAUCUCCGAAGAUCGUCAUCGUCCAUCAUCUGCCAAAAUUCUUCGAAAUCUCAGAAAGAAUUGCGAACAAGAAGCGAAAGAGAUCCGAAUAAGACUAGACGAUUUAUCUUACUUUUUCUUCCGGACAACGUUAAACAACCACCAAAGUUCUCUACUCUCUCGUAAAGAAUCACAAGAAUCGCAAAAUAGACAGUCCCAGAAGAAGCAUGGUCGUUUCUUUGCAGGCGUUUGCAGCAACGCGACGGCUCCAUCCGUCAGUAGCAUCAACCGAAUUCUACGAAAUCGCGCGGCAGAACGAGCAGCCGCGGAAUUCGCGAGAGCGGCAGGCUAUGGUUUAUACGCCGCGGGUCCACAUCCGUAUUUCAACAGCGCCCAUCAGCAUCCAACGACCAGCCACCAUUUACCCGCUGGCUGGCCAGCGCCGGGGGCAGCGGGUCAUCCUUGGAUGCUGCCGCCAUUAGCUACUGGAAUCACUGGCGCAGCUUCCGCUCUGCUUCUUCCGCCGUCCUUGAGCCCAGGAGCGGCGGCAGCGGCAGCCGCAGCCGCCUCUGCGUCGGCUGCUGGAACGGCGGAUCACUCUCUUCACGCGGACGCCAUCGCACGAGGGUACUUGCAAGACGGUGACGGAGAUGAAGGAAGCCUGGACGGGUCGGAGCAACCGAAAUUCCGACGAAAUCGUACCACCUUCAGCCCGGAACAGCUCGAGGAGCUCGAGAAAGAAUUCGAGCGAUCUCACUAUCCUUGCGUGUCUACGCGCGAACGGCUAGCCUCUAAGACCUCUCUCUCGGAAGCUCGUGUACAGGUUUGGUUUUCCAACAGACGGGCAAAGUGGCGUCGUCAUCAGCGAAUGAACCUCUUAAAACGUUCGCCACCACCACCACCUCCACCGCCUCCGCCGCCACCGCCGCUGCCGCAGCAGCAGCAGCCGCCGCAACCGCAUUCCGCAUCCGGUAUGGAAGUAAGCCGUGCGUCAAGCUGCUCAAUCGCCGGAAUGGGAGGAGAAAGUAGCGCGUUCCGGGCCGUCGUGACCAACUCCUCGUCAUCCAGAGAGGUCGCGGAACGGAACGAGAGGAUCGACAGGGUCGAUUCCAUCACCAAACAGCCGGAAAGAAAGCCGAGCGCCUUUAGGAUGAUCAGUCAACUCGUCGGUGAUGAUUCGCCGAGUAUAAUCAAGUCCUCGAGUCCGACCUACGAACAGCAGAGGCACGAGACUAACGUUAGAUCCGUGAUUGAAUCCGAGUCUGCGAACAACAAGGAAUUCGAGCGGGUCGAGGUUGAAGAGGAAGACGAGGAGAUCGACGUGCAAGAUUCGGACCAAGACGUUGCUUCUUCGCCGACCGUUGCAUGGCGGGAUCAUUGGACGGAACAGCAACCCUUGGAAUUGACGAAACACGAUCGUUGAAAUCGUUCCAACUCGAAACUAGGUGGAAAGAUCGAAGAAAUUGUGCUCGUAUUAGAAACGUUUACUUGUAACAAAGAGUUUUGCCACCGAAAAACUCUGAAAACCGGUGAUUUAGCACAUGCCCUAGUGUCCAAGAUCGAUUAUGAAUCAGUGAUAUAUGAGAAAAACGUUGUUGCGAGAGAGAACGUUCAAGUGUAUCGAUCUAAUAUGUGCGUGAACAAGAAAUCUCGAGAUCCGUUUAUAUCGAUCGAUCGUGAUCGUAGUAGAAUUCGUGCCGAAUUCGAACAGUGACUGUAAAACUAUUGCUUAAUCUCACAGAAUUUCAUUACACAAGAACGGAAGACUGACGAGAUCGUUUCGUUAAACUUCAAUUCGUGUGUCUCGCUUCGACAUGUCCUCGACUCUUCAUCGUUCGUGUCGAGUGAUACGUCCCUAGUACCUAUCCAACUACUUACUACGAUUACGAUCCAUUUAUUACAAUUAAGAUUACGAUAAUAAGCUACGAGGAUGGUUGUGUAACGUUAAAUUCCAAUUACCGGCAGUGCCGUCGUGGCGUUAUUGUCAGCUAGAACUACCGAGGAUUUAGAUAGGUAAUUAAUUGCUUACCCGAUAUGUAUCGGGCUGUCGGCCGGCUGCGCUAUAAUUGCAGCGCUGCGCUAUAAUUUACACCGCGGUGCAGUGGACGCUUCCCCUAUCCAGAUACGAGGACAGGAAAGAUCCAGAUACGAGGACAGGAAAGAUGCAGAUACGAGAACAGCAAAGAUCCAGAUACGAAGUCAGGAAAGAUCCAAACGCCGAGGAAACAGAGGCCGAAACUUAUCCGGAACUAGUCCUAGCGAAAUCAUUAUAACGCAGAUAAUGCAUUACCUAGGCACUAUGUAGAAAAAAUAGAUGAAUCGAUGGUAAUCCUGUAACGAACUCUGUUAAAAACGACUUUUAUUUAAAUGAAUUCGUUUGUAAAUAUCUA